CUGAAGAGUACAGGACCCAGGAGAGAAGACCAAACCUGAGCCUGACUAUGAGGCCACGGCUCCCUGACAGCAGUAAGCUGGAGAAGGACAUGAGGGAGCUGGACAGGAAGCUGGAGGAGAGCAACUGGAGGUUGGAGGAGCUGCAGAUGACAGAGGUUCAGGAGAGACUGGCCGCAGAGAGGAGAGAGCAGGAGGAGAGGGAGACGGAGAGAGCCGUGCAGGAGAGAGUGAGGAGUUUGAGGACACUCAGGGAAAUGUAUCACCUCAUGCUGAUCAUCGGUCCGGACCCAGCGUCCUAUGAGACGGUACCACUGAGAGAGCCUUCCAAGAACCCCACGGUCCAGCAACUACAGGCUCAGUGUAGGAGGGACCAGGAAAGAUGGAGGGAACUGGACAGAGGGCGACUGGAGCGCAGUAUGAGGAUGAUUGGAUGGUUGGACGAAGAACUGAGACACUUGCAACAGCGAAUUCCGGAGAGACGUGUUCCGGAGAGGUCAAGCCUACCUGAUCAUCUUGAAGCUCAGCUCCAUGCCCAGGAGAGAGUUCGGCUGCAGGAGGCGCAGAGAGUGAGGGAGGAGUUGGUCAGGAGGGAGAGGGAGCAGUCAAGCCAAGCUGAUCAUCUUGAAGCUCAGCUCCGUGACCAGGAGAGAGUUCGGCUGCAGGAGGAGGCACAGAGAGUGAGGGAGGAGUUGGUCAGGAGGGAGAGGGAGCAGUCCGAGGAGGAGGACAGGACCACAGAGGUUGAUCAUCUCAAGCAGAAACAAAGGUUUGAAAAAGUGGAUGAACUCCAGGGAGAGAUGGAGGACAUGAGAGAGAUGGAGAUGAAGAGUGAGGUGGCAGCCGAGGAGGAGAGAGAGUUGGAGGAGUUGAGACAGAGUGAGAGAGAGGAGUUGAGGAGGGUUGCUGAGAACAUCACCUGGACAUCCAGCGAUGAGAAGGAGGACUCUGACUCGGAUGAUGUCUGGAUGGACGAGGAAGAGAAGGAGGUCAUUCUAGCAGCCAGGAAGAAACAGCAGGAGGAGAGAGAGAAGAUGCAGGCUGAACUGAACAAAGAGGAGGAUGAAAAGAGAGAGGUAGAGAUGGCAACCCUGACCAACAAUAAAGAGUAG